UUUUAUUCUAACGACAGUUUUCGAAAAUUAUUAACAGAAUAGCGUUUCGUAUUAGAUUACCUAUUAUUUAUUAAAAAUAUUGUGUAGGUACCCAUAGGUGUUUAUAGUGAAUACGGGAAUUAUGAAUUACCUAUUCAUUAUUUUAAUAAAUCCACUUGCACGGACGAAUCUGUUUAAUGUUGCUGCUCAUGAAAUAGGUCAUUCUUUGGGUCUCUCGCAUUCUAACGUGGACGAUGCUUUGAUGUACCCAUGGUACAAAGAAAUGGAAAAUGGUUUUGAUUAUGAAUUACCAGACGACGACAAACAGGCUAUUCAAGUAUUAUAUGGCGCUCCAGAUUACCGCAGCAAAUGGGCGAAAAAUCCUCCUUACCUGCCUGCUUUAACAACUACCACUACGACGACGACCACAACCACCACUACCACAAGACCGAGGGUGGUUACACAUCGACCAAAAAGACCGUACGAUCCAAGGUAUCCACCAUAUGGACAACAUCCCCCAAAUUCACCACAAAGUCCUCAAAAACCGAUGAACCCGAACAAAAAACACUUUUAUCCAAAUGGACAUCCGUAUUAUCCUGAUUGGAAAAAAACGAAUCCAAAGCCAGAACGAAAUUAUCCAGGACGAGUCUUCCCUACUAGAUAUCCAAUUAGAACUCCCGAAACAUAUCCUCCCAGAACUUUUCCACCACCACAGAGAACAUAUCCCCCAAGAACAUAUCCUACGAGAACACCAGAACGAAAUUAUCCAAAAUAUCCUAAUUAUCCACCAACAACUCCGACGAUAGAAGUAACAACCAAACCACCACCAGAUACUUGCAAUACGAGUUAUGAUGCUAUUUCUGUUAUUAGGCGAGACGUUUUUAUUUUCAAAGAUGCAUAUUUCUGGAGAAUUGGAGACAACGGCCUAAUGGAUGGAUAUCCAGCAUUGAUAAGAAGGUUGUGGCAUGGUUUGCCUGAAGAUUUGACACACGUCGACGCUGUAUACGAACGAAAUGAUGGUAGAAUAGUGUUCUUCAUCGGACAGAAAUACUAUGUUUUCUUUGAUAACCAUGUGGAAAGCGGUUACCCUAAACCUUUAACUCAUUUAGGAAUCCCCAGGGAAAUUGAUCAUAUUGAUGGUGCUAUGGUUUGGGGUCAUAAUGGAAAAACAUAUUUUUAUAGCGGAAAUUUAUACUGGAGGUUCGAUGAAGAUAUACAAAAGGUUGAAUUGGAUUAUCCUAGAGAUAUGUCCAUGUGGAAAGGAGUUGGUACAGAUAUUGAUGCUGUAUUUCAGUGGAGAGAUGGUAAAACUUACUUCUUCAAAGGAAAAGGUUUCUGGAAGUUCAAUGACUACUUUAUGCGCGUUGAGCACCAGGAACAGAAGCUUUCAGCACCAUUCUGGAUGGGCUGUACGAAAAAUUACAUAUAUCACCAAAAUACCAAAGAAUAUGAUCAAACUAAUAUGAAUUCAGAACAUAACAUAACAGAAGAGAAAAUACCUUUUAAAGAUUUUUCUAGAGCUGAGUUUUCUUCAGGAUCUUCAAAUAGUCUCAGCGUAUUUUUGAUUACAGUGGUUUUAUAUGUGUUUCUAGAAAGGUACCUUUAGUAUUUAUUUUAAACAAUUUGGCAACAUCAGUUUCUUGCUAAACAACAUUCUUUGUUGAAGAGAAUUUACAAUCUUUCAAUAUUAUGGAGGGCAUACUUUUUUAUCUCUUACCAUAAGAUCACUUAAGAGGGAAUAUGUUUAUACAUACUUUCGCUCUUCAUCUUGUCAAAACCCUUCUUGUAUUGAGAGAUUCUCUGUCAUUUUAACUUAUAGUGAUCCACGACAAUUUUCAGAAAGAAAUACCAAACUAUGAAGUUUAAUUUGAUCAUUGUGAUCCUAUCAAUAACUUAGUAAUAAUAAUAAUAAUCGGAUAUCGCACACAUUCCAAUAUGGUUUGCACAAGUGUAUGUGAAAACUAUAGAGAGUUGGGAUUAGGGCGAGAAGGAAACGAAUUAUAUCAAUGUUCCGGCCAACGUUACAACACCGUCGUAAAAGCUGGCAACGAUGAUAUUUUCUUUUCCUGCUUGCACUUAAUGCUCUCUGUAGUUUUCCCAUCCACUUGGGCAAACUCUAUAGGAAAACGUUCUGUGGUCGACAUUGUAUUUAAAAUAAAUUACUAAUAGAGAUAAUAAAACUAAAGACCGAUAGAAAUGACGGAGUAAAGAAAUGAUAAAAAUGGAAGAUCAAAUUAGAGAAAUCUCGUAACAAGUUUGAAUCUUAAAAAUAGAAAAUGUUUGUAAAAGAUAAUUUAAACUUGAUUCCCUCUUAAUAAUAGUGAUAAAAAUAAUUAUGAAAGGGG